AUGCAAAAUAUUCUUCGAACUGGUGGAUCAAUUAACAGGUGCUCUUCGCACGUCUCUCUCAUUUAUCCUUUUUCUUAUCUAUCUAUCUAUCUAUCUAUGUAUCUAUCUCACUAUCUGUCUGUCUGUCUGCUCAUAUCUAUCUAUCUAUCUAUCUAUCUAUCUAUCUAUCUAUCUAUCUCAGCCUGCUCAUAUCUAUCUAUCUAUCUAUCUAUCUAUCUAUCUAUCUAUCUAUCUAUCUGCUCAGAUAUCAUGCUCAUAUCUAUCUAUCUAUCUAUCUAUCUAUCUAUCUAUCUAUCUAUCUAUCUAAAAAGAUUGAAAGCUGAAGACCUAAUGGAGAGUACAAUAAAAACGGAAUCAUAUACAUCUAUCACAAUCUAUCUAUCUAUCUAUCUAUCUAUCUAUCUAUCUAUCUAUCUAUCCUCCAUUGUAUCAAUCUAUCUUUCUAUCUAUCUAUUCUGCAUUGUGUCAAUCUAUCUAUCUAUCUAUCUAUCUAUCUAUCUAUCUAUCUAUGUCGUCCGUCGAUGUCAACGACAUGUCUUCUCUUCCUCGCGUCCUCCUCUUUCGCUAAUUUCAUAUCACUUCCUCGCCCAUUAUACAUUUGAACCAUUAUGUUAUUUCACACGAUUCAUAUCUAUCUAUCUAUCUAUCUAUCUAUCUAUCUAUCUAUCUAUCUAUCUAUCUAGGAAUGAAACCUAUAUCCAUUUUCCCAUCAGGAAAACCACUCCAAUAGGGAAAAUGAUACAGGUUUCCUUCCAAAAGGAAAAAAGAGAUCGAGGCUAG